AUGGUUUCACUGAUGAAGUUGGCCCUUUCUUCUGUUGGUGUUUUCGGUGCUGCAGGUCUGUUGCGCAAGCGGUGGGAAGUGUUGGGACAGCAAGCUGAGAAGAAUAGGGAACUUUUACGUCUAGCAGCAGUAGCGCUUUCUAGUGAAGUGGUUGACAACGUUCUUGUUCGUAAUGAAGAUUCACUCGGACGGCUUGUCAGCUUCGUAAAGGAUGUGAGUACGCACCCGUCAUUUAUAAAUCAUCUGAAGGCCUACGCGAUCACCGAAUUCACUGCAAAUGAGCAGACCGUACGGGCUCUACGGAAAUUUGUCGUUGAGGACCUUAUUUGUGAUUCAUGGGUGGCGGAUGAACUCGUUAGUAUGGCAAAGGAUAUUGGGAGAGAUGUCAUUGCAGAUCCUCAAGUAUAUCCUACUCCCGUCUUGCGUUUCCUUGGGGAUGCCGCCUUAGACGGUCUACAGACGGACACCUUUAAGGAAGAAUUGAUGACUGCUCUAAAAGACUCUCUCUGGAAAGCCUUCCUGGGGCCUCCACCGGAUCAUAUGUAUUUUCUGGACGUGAGGUGA